CGUCCCGUCAAUUUCGCAUCGCGCAUACAUAGAAGGUCGCGCCAUCAGUACUGGCGGCGAAUAUCGGAACCAAUUGGAACGCUGUCCUCGUUGUUGCGUCUUUCCAGCACAGUUCUCGAAGAAAGAUGCCGGACUUGGAGGAUGUACCGUGCCAGGGGCAAUGGCAACUCGAGGCGCAGGCGGUGAUCAACGACGUGAAGAGCCAUGUGCAGGAUAUAAGGGUGUCUGAGCAGUUGACGAGCAGCAACAAAGCCAUCUACCUAAAUCUGACCACUCUGGAGAAUUUGCAGUUCUGCGUGGAGCUGUCCGCUUCUGGUUUCAUCGUCGUCGGUAAUCGCCACGACGAUGCGUCGAACGCGGAUAACAAGCAUUUCGAGACACCGUACUGUCUGCUGGAAUGUAUCAGUCCACGAUACAGACAAUCCUUCUGCACGUCGCUGUUCGAGAGACUGAAGGAGCUGCGGACAAGAUCUCAACAAUAGGGCCUGUUUCUGAACACCGGAGGAAUAGAGAUUGUAUUUGGGAAUAUUCUUUCUUUCUCUCAAUGUAGGUUUGUCAAUGUGUAGCUGACUGAACUGUUUCUAUAAAGCUCUCCACCUAUUCGCGCAUGUAUCAGAUAAUAAAUAGUAUGUAAUAAAUAUAUAUAUAUAUAUAUA